AUCUGUCAAAGUCGUGUUGUCGAAGCUGAUUUUGUAAACAAGGAAAUUGCAUUUUUAAACCAGAUACUCCAGAUAGCGAAGAAGAAUAAUUAUUAUGACAUACAAACGCAAAAAAUACCAUGUUGGUGAUACACAUUUAAAGAAGCGUUGGCGAGUGCGUAAUAGAAAGAAGGAUUUAGAUGAAAUAGAUGGUGAUCUCAAAGAAGGAAAGGCGGAGAAAUUAUUGAAUCAAGAUGUUGAUUUAGACCUGCCAGGCGCGGCGCAACAUUACUGUUUACAUUGCGCACGUUAUUUCAUAGAAGACAAAGCAUUGCAAGAACAUUUUAAAACAAAGGUACAUAAACGAAGAUUAAAAGCAUUAGAAUUAGAGCCCUAUACUAUCGAAGAAUCGGAAAGAGCGGCUGGAUUUGGUAACUUUAAACUUCCAAGUAAAAGAAAAAUAGUAACUCAAAAUACAGAAGUAUUGGAUAAAGAUGGAGAUGUGGUGAUCGAUGAAGAUACGCCCAGCAAAAAGAAGAAGACUAUAAUAUAA